AUGGUAGCGUUGAAUGUUGCCAGCCUUCAUGAUAGCCAUCUGCUACAGAAGGUCUCUACCACUUGCCACCCAAGUGGGAAGGUUACCCCACGUAAGCCUCGAAAGAAAGUGAAGGCGAUUAUCUGUGUUCUUUUUGUGGAGUUAUUUGAGAGGUUCACUUUUCUUGGGAUUGUGUGUAAUAUGAUCCUCUUUUGCACCAUCAAAUUGGGAUAUAACAAUUACCAAGCAGCCACAGUAAACCUGUGUUUUGUGGGAGCCAGUACACUCACACCUGUUCUCGCUGGAUGGCUUGCAGAGACGUGUUUGGGAAGGAAAAAAGUUCUCUACCUUUGUGCUCUACUUCAUUUCUUUGGUACAGCACUGCUCCCUGUAGUUGCAUUUCCAUUUGAGGAUUUCUACAUCGACACACACAAUAUUAUACAUCACCUUGAGCCGCAGAUACAACAUAUUCUCUUCUACACAGGACUACUGGCUGCCGCUUUUGGUAUUGGGGGGAUACGUGCUAUCCUCUGCCCACUGGGAGUCAAUAACCUUCAAGGUUAUAAUCAAAAGAAGAUACUCUCUUUUUUCAACUGGAUCUACUGGUUAAUUAAUCUGAAUUCUACAGUCAUCUUCUUGGGGAUCGCCUAUAUUCAGCAGUCUGUGGGCAAAAACCUGGGCUUUCUUAUUCCUUUCACUUCUAUUCUCUUGGGACUCAUUGGCAUACAUAUGGCACACAACAAUCUUAUCCUACAUCCCAAGAAAGGUAGUCCGUUGCUGACCACACUGGGUGUGUUUCUAAACUCUUUACAAAUGUGCUGCCUCCGUUAUCGUCAUUUGAGUGGAGAUGUGACUGACUGGCUUGAUCGUGCCAAAGAGAACAAUGGAGGAUGCUAUAGUGAGACCAAAGUGGAAAAUGUUAAGAUUCUGGUCAAGCUUUUUCCUCUUUUUGGACUGCAAUUACUCUACCGGGCUUGUAUAACUCAGAUUCCAUCAGGAUACUAUUUCCAGACAAUGCAUUCAAACCUCAACCUUAAUGGUGUCAUGCUGCCAAUAGCAGCUAUGAAUGUAAUCAGUAUUUUGCCACUGCUAAUUUUAGUACCGCUACUGGAGUUUGUCAGCAUCUGUUACCAGUAUUUAAAGAAAACGCCUCCCUCCCCAGUCACAUUCAUAAUAAUCGGGCAUGUGUGUGCAGCUCUGUCUGCACUAAUAGCAGGUAUUUCAGAGAUUCACAGGAAGGACUAUCCUCAGAUGGAUCAGACCAUCUCAGGAACAGUGCUUCAAGUGUCUUCAGUGCCGUGCAUUCAUCUUGCACCUCAGUACAUCUUACUGGGUAUGGCAGAGGCCUUUGUCACACCAGCAUGCUCCGUUAUCGCUUUCUGUCUGACUCCCAUCAACCUCAGAGGGAUCUCCCUACACUUCCUUACCCUCUUCUACGGCGGAGGAUGUUUCCUGGGUGCUCUUCUGAUUCAGUUCUUUUACUUUGUGUCUGGUGGAAGCUUUUACCCAAAUAUAUUAAACAAUGGCAAUAUGGAGAGAUUUUUUCUUACGUUAGCAACAUUGAUGGCCAUAAACACCCUGACAUUCUGGAAAAUCUCUCACAGGUACACGGAUCUGAGUCAAUUAAAUACAAGAGUGAGACAAAGUCACCUGGCUGAAAAGCUUCUACAACAUAAAGCCUGUCUCAGAUAUUAUACAAUGGAACCUUACUAUUCAUAG